GUUGCGUGAAGAAUCGAGUCGACAAAACAACGCUAAAGAUUAGGAAUGCGAAAACGUGACAGGUUAGGAUGCUGGCAACAGCUUUUAACCCUAGUAGGCCCCGGAUCGCUUUCGGAGAAGCAAUGGGUCGAUUUAUAUAAGAAUUACCUGCGCAGCUGGAACAGGAUUUAUUACCUCAAGCUCGACGACGAAAAAGAUCUUCCUGCUGCAGACCCUCUAAUCGAGCGACAAAAUGACAAAGGCAGGCAUCGUUAUCCCAUGGCGCCGCCUUCUACUCCCUCCGUCAAUGGCAUCAAGCGACGCAAUUCUCUGGCGUCGCCUUCUGCUACCUCGUUCAGUCCCAUCAAACGCCGCAAUUCCGUGGCAGCGCCAUCAUCUCCAUCAUUUUCGCCCAUCAAGCGGCGCAAUUCCGUGGCAGCGCCAUUAUCUCCGUUAUUCAUUCCGAUCAAGCGGCGUAAUUCUUUGGCACCUCCACCAACAGCAACUCCCACCAAGAGUUUAUAUAUCAAAGGGCAGGACUGCGAUCCGUUACUUCCAACCGUAAAACGUACAAAUUCAGUGACUGCUGACGAUUUCGAUCCCAAUAAUCAUGGAGAUAUGUUUCUCAGCCCCAUUAAGCGCAGCGACUCUGUUCUCAAUGAAAUCGAAAUCGAUUGUGAUGCUUUCAAUAGCCACGACUUAAUGGCAUUGAAUCAAUGGAUGAAACCAAUUAAAAUAAUCUCCCCUUUGGCCCCCAGUCCCAGGCGCCCAGACACGGAUCUAAAACCGAAUCCUAAAUAUUCAGUUUUUCCUACGACUCCCAAUCGCAUCAAGCGUAGGGACUCCUCAGUUGCUGGUCCGUCGGGGUUCAAAUCGAAAAGCAAGCCAAAAAACGUUGGAAAGAUGCCAACUGUCGCGGACGAAGAGCUGGAAGACGAGAUGCCGCUAGCGGCUUGGAAGAAGUAUAGUGCUCAGCGUAAAAAGCUAAAGGAAGGAAGCCCUAAAAAUGGAUCUCUGCUGCUUAAGCUUGAAAAAGAUAUUAAAGUUGAACUGCCAAUAAAGCGAAAGAGGGGUCGCCCCUCGCGGGAGGAGAAGGCCAAGCGGUUGGAGGAGGAGAAUGCGCUAAAGAUGAUAUAUCAAACUUCGGAACCAAUAAAGAAAUCAACUACAGAUGGGGCGAUGCAAGAUCUGGAGCAACAAGUCCGAGCUCCUCAGACACAUAAUGCACGUAAAAAGCAGCAGAAGCAGCGGAAAACCAUCUCGCAGACCACUAUAAAACUUCCGCACCAGCUGACUCAGUUCCACACGUAUGCCAAGUCACCCAAUCAGAAGCCAACAGCCAAGCCACCCAAAAAGAAGCCAACAGCCAAGCCAAGAUGUCAGUCAUCGUCUUCAGUCACCGAUCAGGAUGGAGCGGACAUUGCCAUACUAUCAAAUGUUGUCGUUCAACCCGCUGUAAGCUUUUUUCUCUUCAUUAAGUCACGUAACUCCUUUUCCUUCUCACAGAUCUUAGAUGAAGAUGCGGUCGCACCGGCCCACAUGCCAGCGGAUGCGAUAGAUUUGAAAAAUCCAUCCACCAAGCCUCCUGAAGAUAAAGUGGGGGAGAAAGGAUAUAAGAAGGAAGAGGCAGAGGAUGAGAAGGACGUAGUGCGGAUAAGAAAAAACGAACGUUCGAUGCUUAAAGAAAUCUCAAGCGAUCAAGAUGAAGAUGUGCAGCAUCUCAUCCUCCAGGAAACGGGCUUGUUUUUCAAUGAUUUGGAAGCAGAGGAGCAGCUACUCGACGAUUGCAUGACUUUAACCAGCCCAGUAGGUGGCGAGGAGGGUGAUAGGAAUGCCCUAGAAAUCGACUUUGACAUUGACCUGCUGGUUAGGGAUGAAACUGUGGCUAACCAGAUCGCGUUGAUCGACUCGCAGACAGAGAUGUCCCUCGAUCGAUGUCUUGAGGCAACUGACAACAAGCCGCCCAGCGAGACUCCACCGAGUCCCAAGACAGCAGUCGAAGAUCAGCUCACCCAUACUUCCGAGUUCUUUGAGAAGCUACCUAGUCGACCGACCGUAGAUGUGAGUGCAGACCAGUCAAACCUACUGUGGCCUUUCAUGGACGAAGGGGAGGUGCUAGACUAUGAGCCUGACUACGAUGUGCUCACGCUGGAGGUCUCUUCGGAUGAACUGGAGGACGAAUGCCCCAGUAAGUCGAAAGGAGAAACCAAGCCGAGUGAAAACAAUUCCGAGCCUGUAAACCAGACCAAUCUGCCAAAGGUUCAAGCGGAGCCUCCAAGCAACCAACCCGAAAUUCCGAUCACGGAAAACUUGAGAAACUUUCGGAUUCCAAGGCUAGCACCCGAGCUGCUCAAGUCACAGCCUGUCGUGAUGCAAACUCUGUAUUUACAACAGGAUGAGAAACAGCAGAGGGAGAAAAUAAAAUCAGUGCCUCCGCCUGUUCCGCCUGUAGCCGAAGACAUAAGCAGAAGGCGAGAGGAGGCUAAGGCUGCCAGGCGUCCAAAGGAAACAAUGCCGCAAUUUGCACCGCCAUAUCGCCCCACUCGCGAAGAUCCUGUGGCCCCAGACUUGUCGCAGCCAAUGUUUGGCCCCCAGGACUUGGCUACUCCUCCGUUGUUUGGUCCCGAAGACUUGGCUCCGGUUUUUGUGCCUCCCAGCAAUGGGGAAAAGUCAAACUAUGGGCAUCUUGGCGAGGCUAGGCCUUGUAGGGAGAUGCCCCCCGAUGUAUCAGUCCAACAGCAUCCUCCCGGGGCCUCCCAGUAUGUCCCACAAAACUUGGCCACCGCCGAAAUGUUACCUCCCAGACAUCAAGGCCUUAGUGCUAAACACUGGAUGACGGAGAUCUUUGGAGUCAAGUGCCUCAAUUAUUUGGGUAACAAGUGCCUGGUGGCUUACUGCGAUCACGCGACAAGUCCGGUGGGCGAGGUGGAGAGGCGCCUGCUCAGUAUGACGGAGGAAGCCCUGGUUAGUACUUACCGACAGGCUCUGCGCAGUUUAUACAUUUUCGAGCGGUACUUCAAGUGCUUUGCGGAUAUCUUUGAGCGGCGCAAACUUUACAAGCAUCUGCUGCAAAUGUUGGCCAAGAGUCGUUAUUAUCAAAACACAACAGUGCCCAUUGUCAGGCAUGUUUUUCGAGCGCUCAAGGUUGCUGGUCUAGAGCGGGAGGCCACGCAUUGCCUGAUGACCGACCUGUGGAUUCCAAGCAAGGCACACAAGUUCAGUGAGUUGAUGGUGACAAUAUUACAGAUACUGGAAGCAGGCAACUGGCAGGAUUACAUCGAUCAGCUGGUGGAACUGCACGAAACAUACAAGUUCCUGUUGUCCGAAGAGUUAAUGAUACGGAUUAUGACAUGGGCAGAUGUGACGAAGAACGAGGCCCUACAGAAGAAGUCCAUGAUGAUGCUGCUCGCUGACAUGACCAAGUAUGCCCGAUCUCCAGCUCUCAAAACCCUCGUCGACAAGUUCUCCAACCUGGAAACAAAUUCGAAUCUACAACAGACGAGUGCAGAGUCCAUUCCAGCGCUUUCUCGGAGAUCUCCGGCGCAGCAGCAGCAGCAGCAGCAUCAACAAUCGAUCUGGAACCUCAAUGCAAAUCCAAAUCAAAUUCCCGAUUUCAUUCCGCAACAAGAUCGGCUGCCUGGAGCAGCUUCCUCUCUCAUUAGGAUAUCUUCCGCUAGUGGACAGCCGCCACAGUAUCCAGCAUCGUUCUGGAACCCUAAUCCACAACCGAACCAAAAUCUGCCUGGAGCAGUUCCUGGUCCAUCGCUUAUAAGGAGUAAUCCAGCUCUAACGCCACACUGGAGCCACAAUCCGAAUCCAAAUCCUUGUCGCGACCUGCCUGGAGCAGGUCCUGGCCCCUCGCGUGUAUGGAAUGCUCAGUUACCUGGAAACCGUCAAGGGCAGCAGCAGCAGCAUCCAACGUCGAUCUGGAGAAGCCAAGCAACCGACGAUAAUACGUUUCUUAAUUUUCCCUCUGGGUUUCAAUAGGAUGGUUUUUCUUACUUGAAUUCAAUGUAAUUUUUCACCGACUUUUUUCGUUUCCUCUUAUAUAUUUUUGUGACCUUGGGGCAGACCUUUGCAGCAAAAUUGACGAUUUUGAUA